CCGCGAUGAAAAGCCAUGCUGUUCAAGUGUUCAUUCGAAACACUUGAACUCAAGGGUAGCACCAGGGGAAAGGGGACAGACUUACGCCGAGGGACAAUGAUGCAGCAGCCAGCAGAUUCUCUCCUCCACAGUGGAUACUUCCAUCCCACGCUCAGAUACUGGCAAACAUGUGCCGCGGACCUCAGACCAGACAACCUCAUCUACCCCAUCUUUAUCACAGACAGUCCUGAUGCAGUAGAACCCAUCGGCAGUCUGCCUGGGCAGGCCAGAUAUGGCGUGAACAAAGUUGAAGAAAUGCUGCGCCCUCUGGUGGAGAAAGGUCUGAAGUGCGUGCUCAUUUUCGGUGUGCCUGCUAAAAUAGACAAGGAUGAGCGUGGUUCGGGGGCAGACACAGAUGACACUCCUGCAGUCUUGGCGGUGAAGAAACUGAGGACAGCCUUCCCUGACCUGGUGCUGGCCUGUGAUGUCUGCCUCUGUCCUUACACCUCACAUGGACACUGUGGAAUCCUGAGGGAAGACGGCACUCUGGACAAUGCGGCCAGCUGUGCCCGCCUGGCUGAGGUGGCACUCGCCUACGCCAAAGCUGGGUGCCAUAUUAUUGCCCCCUCUGACAUGAUGGACGGACGAAUCGCUGCCAUCAAGCAGACCCUCAUUUCUCACAACAUGGGCAACAAGGUAUCAGUGCUGAGCUAUAGUGCCAAGUUUGCUUCCUGCUACUACGGGCCCUUCAGAGACGCAGCCCAGUCCAAGCCAGCGUUUGGAGACCGCCGCUGCUACCAGCUGCCCCCUGGUGCCAGAGGCCUGGCAUUGCGAGCAUGUGAUCGUGACGUGAGGGAGGGGGCAGACAUGCUGAUGGUGAAGCCGGGCAUGCCCUACCUGGACAUGGUGAGGGAGGUGAAGAACAAGCACCCCACCCAUCCCCUGGCGGUGUACAACGUGUCGGGGGAGUUUGCCAUGCUGUGGCACGGUGCCCAGGCUGGAGCCUUCGACCUCAAAGCUGCAGUGAUGGAAGCCAUGACGGCCUUCAGGCGCGCGGGUGCUGACAUAAUCAUCACCUACUACGCUCCUCAGCUGCUCACCUGGUUGACGGAGUAGAUGCCAAUCGGACCAAAGCUUACAGUACACAUCAGUCAAGCCAUGCUAUUAACCUAACUGACAAAACAGGUCUAAAAACACAACUGACAGUGUCUCAAGCACGCAAUCCUCUCUCAGAUAUGACUCUGGUGUUAGUCAGGUACUCAUUCAUGCCAUGUUUUUUUUCCAAACUUGGUGUAAUCUUUUUCAAAGUUGUCAUGAAAUUGUGUUGUAUAUACUACGUUAGGGGUGGUGGGUUGACUUUUUAAAAGUUCUCAAAGACGGACAAGUAAGAGUGUGUCAGACACAGAUGGAAUGUAUUGUUUGUACACCCCAGACCACCUGUCUUCUCUUCACCCAGAUGGACCAUACGAUGGCCAGAUGUUAUUUAAUGUUAUUUGGGUCAUUUUUAGAGUCUAUGAUUGUAUAUGUUUCUUUUGAAGCUUUAUCAGUCACUUAUUGCUUUGCUGUUGCGAACCCCACUGAGUGCAUUAGAUUCUAACAUCAUUUCCAUGAGCACUUAGGUUAAAAUAUUGUCAUUUCCCUUUGCAUCUGGCUUUCUUUUAGAUGUGGGUUUGUUCACAGGAUAACUACUCCUCACCAGAUGAAUUUUGUGACCUGUAUUUUUCAUACCUCACACUGGCACUACACAAACCAGAAACGGGCUAUAUUUAAGGAAACAAACACAAUGUGACUGAAUACAAUAAAAUAAAUGCUGUGGCAACA